UUUACAGCAUUUCCUAUGGUUUGUAAUGAAUGUGGAGGCUCUUCUUCGUUGGUCAACAAACUAUUGGUUUGCAUACACUUUUAGGAACGUCCGUGGAGUCACCGUGCAUCUUUCAGCAUGGCAAUGAUGUGGGUUUUGUGUGCACUGCUUUUAUUGAUCCAGGUAGCGUCACGUGUGUCGGCGCUUCAAAAAGAAAUGACCAUUAGUGUUGGCCCGGGGAAGGUAGACUGUUUCUUUGAGGUCGCCAAAACGGGGCAAACGAUCGACAUCGAGUACCAGGUGAUCGACGGAGGGCAUGGCGAUCUGGACAUCAGCUUCGAGCUGGCCGAGGUGACAGGACGAACGAUAUUUGCAGAUUUCAAAAAAUCGGACAAUAUUCACCGAUUUCCUGUCCCGUACGAUGGAGAGUAUAAGUUUUGUUUUGACAAUGGCUUUAGCCGGGCCAAUAGUAAGACAGUGUUUUUCGAGCUCAUUAUCGAGCGCGAAGGAGAACAGGAAGAGGCCGACUGGGCGGACAUCGAUUCAUUCGACGGACUCACGCCCGCAGAGUUCUACGAAAUGAAGGUGCAGGACAUGGAAGACGCGAUUAAACGUGUGCGAAAUAAUCUUACCAAGGCGCGUCAACUACAGGACAUGCUGCGCUCGCACGAAGCACGUGAUCGAAACGUAGCCGAAGAGAACUAUUUUAAGGUGAACGUGUGGUCCUUCUUUCAAAUUCUGGUUAUGGUUGCGGUCGGGGUACUGCAGGUUUUCAUGGUUAAAUCACUAUUCGACGUGGAUUCACGAGCAUACAAAUUUUUGACCAAACGAUAACCUGGGAUUAUCAGUGUAGCCAUACUCUACAAUUGCACAACGCCAGUUUUGCCAACAAACCAAAGUUUCAUCUUGUCAUCCUUGUGACCAGUGUCCACAAAAGACACAAUGUAAACCUAAAACAGCAUCACGAUCAACGUUUUAACGCAGUCAUCAAAACUAAGAAGGUGCCAUCGUUAGGAUGGACUCU